GGCGAAGCUGCUGAGUUCUUAAAAGGAGAGCUAAGGGCCCUUUGCCGGCGUACUUGCAGCGGAGAAAGCGUGGCUGCUCUUGCAAUGGCGGGGAAGUCGUUGGCCGGGCUGGCGGGGCAAAUGGUGCGGCCGCUUGGGGCGGCGGAGCCUGUAGAUCUGGGCUCGUUGGUGGGACGGGUGCUGCUGGUUUCUAACGUGGCUUCGCUCUGAGGCACGACUACGCGGGACUACACGCAGUUCCACGAGCUGCAGCGGCGCUUCGGGCCUGAGGGGUUCGCCGUGCUCGCUUUCCCGUGCAACCAGUUCGGCCACCAGGAAAAUACCACCAAUGAGGAGAUUCUGAAUUCACUCAAGUAUGUCCGCCCAGGCAAGGGGUAUGAGCCCAACUUCAGUGUGUUUGAAAAGUGUGAGGUCAAUGGAGCAAAUGCACACCCUCUCUUCAAGUUCCUGAAAGAAGCAUUGCCUUACCCACACGAUGACCCUGUAUCCCUGAUGACCAAUCCGCAGUUCAUCAUCUGGUCUCCUGUGUGUCGUUCUGAUAUCGCAUGGAACUUUGAAAAGUUCCUCAUUGGUCGUGAUGGAGUGCCUUUCAAGCGUUACAGCAGGCGGUUUGAAACCAUCAAGAUGCAGGAUGAUAUUGAGAUGCUGCUUAAGCAGGCCCCCUAGAAUCUUGCUGAAACUUCUCUCUACUUACCUGCUUUGAACUAGGCUUCUUUCACAGAUUCUGCCCUAGGUUAAGAGCUAGUAAAUUGCAUAUACAUUCAGAUUUAAACUGGGGUAACCUGAUUGCAGAGCAAAGUUGUUCAUGUACUACAGCAAGAAAGCUUCACUGGAGUAUAGGGAGUCACUGAUACUGAUUAAGCUGUAGCUCUUUCAGGUGUAUACCUGCUAUAAAAACAUUAUACCUAAAGCAGGUAGUAAUCAGUCUUCAUGUACAUUGCAUAAAUAUAUGCCAGUAGGUUGGAGCUCCUUAGAGUUCCUAGUAAUGUUUACAUGCUGUACAGAAGAUGGGAGUAUAUUGCAGACAUUCCAGUUCAAAGGAUAUAUAUAAUGUGGGCAUAUAAUGUGCAUUGCUAAAAAUCAUACUGUGUGAAGCUCUGUCUGCCUUUGCCUCUAUUUCCUUUUUCUGUGGUUCAUCAACUGUUUACUCUGAUAGUAAAUUUCUAUUCUCCAUCAAAAUUUUAUUAAUGAUGGUGCUUCUUCUAAACAUUUGAAGGGCACUUGAUGUACUUGUAAAAUUUUGUGUGAAGUUGUAGUCAAUUACUGCAGGGAAAACAGCUUGAUCAGAGCUUUGAUGCAAAAACUACUUGACAUUAAUAAAGUGUUUCAAAUAAAAA